CUCUCUCGACCACUCGGCUGCUCACUGCCUCUCUCACCACCUGUUAGUGCAGACCCCUCAUGCGCUGACAUCCACUUGUUUGUGUAGGAAUCUCCUCCACUCACACAAUUAAGGACUCUAUGACGGUGCAGAGAGGAAAGAAGCUCAGCAUCUCCAUCCAGGAACACAUGGCUAUUGACGUUUGUCCCGGCCCCAUCAGACCCAUCCAACAGAUCUCCGCCUACUUUCCCCGCCUGUCCCCCACCUCCCCCACUCCCAUCUCCCCAAACCCCACCAUGUCACCGAUUCCUGCUUCCUCCCCUCUGUCACUCAGCCCCAGCUCUGUGGCCUCUGGGAUGCGCGGGGCUCACCUCCUGUCUCCUCUGCUGGCCCACGGCAGGCCGGGUGGGGGCGGGUCAUUGUCUCUGACCAGUAGCGUUGAUACAUCGGUGGAGAUCAACAGCUCUGACAGUGACGACUGCACUGCUCUGGGAACACUGGAGUUUGAACUGAGAUACGAGCAGAGCUCCAGCGAGCUGCACUGCACAGUGCUCCGGGCUAAGGGUCUGAAGCCCAUGGACUUCAAUGGUUUAGCUGACCCAUACGUCAAACUCCACCUGCUGCCUGGAGCCUCUAAGGCCAAUAAGCUGAAAACAAAGACGAUUCGUAACUCUCUGAAUCCAGUGUGGAAUGAAACGCUCACUUAUGUCGGGAUCACAGAGGAAGACAUGCACAGGAAGACUCUCAGGUUGUCUGUGUGUGACGAGGACAAGUUGACUCAUAAUGAAUUAAUCGGGGAGUCCCGGGUGCCUCUGAAACGUGUAAAACCCAAUCAGAGGAAACAUUUCCACACCUGUUUGGAGCAUCCGCCCCCGCUCCCCUCUCCUACUGCCAUGGGUGAAGCCCUUCGAGGAAUAUCCUGUUACUUAAGAGAGUGGGAAAACCAGCAGCUUCACAGCCUGGAGGAGAGAGGUCGUCUUCUUCUCUCCCUGCAGUUUCUGCCUCCGGUCAGUUCGGAAGAUAAAGACAUAGAGGGAGGUGAUGGCCGUCGCAGCGGGGGUCUUUGUGUAGGAGUAAAACGCUGCGCUCACCUGGCAGCCAUGGACGUCAAUGGAUUCUCCGACCCUUACGUUAAAAUAUACCUGAAGCCUGACAUAGAGAAGAAAUCCAAGCACAAAACAGCAGUGAUGAAAAAAACCCUCAACCCAGAGUUCAAUGAGGAGUUUUUCUAUGAGAUCUCCUUAUUGGAGCUGGCCAACAAGGUGCUGGAGGUGACGGUGUGGGACUAUGACCUUGGACGUUCCAAUGACUUCAUAGGUGGUAUCUGUCUGAGCAGUCACUCCCAGGGUGAUGCCCUCCGUCACUGGAUGGAGUGCCUGAAGAACAAGGGCCAGAAGGUGGAGCGGUGGCACAUCCUGACCAAUGAGCUGCCGCGAACCCUCUGUCACGACUAACCCCUGUGCAACAUCCUCCACACAUGUGCACGGUCGCUGUCAGGGAUGACAUGCUUCACAGAAGGUUUUUGGUUUCUUUAUGGGACGGACCCGAGCAACUUCACCACAGGAAUCGACAUCAUUGAUGGGAAAGGUGUAUUAUAAUAAGAGCCGCCAUGAAAGCUGGAGAGCGGAGUGAAGCUGAAGCAGUGUAGUGGUGUGCCUUCAUUACUGAGCAGUGAGCCACACUGAAUAAGCAGCUUGCUGCCUCCAUCAACACUGUCACUCAGCACCAGACUACAUACAUACGUAACAAGUUUAGACUGAUACACUUGUCUUAGGAAGGGUGGGACUCGCAGUCAUGAAGCAACCGUAGGCUUGUGCAUGCAUUCAUUCUACAACAACUGACAGAUUUCUUGUUAGUCACAUGUCCUGUGCUCUAUUUCAAAGAAAGAAAUUCAUAAUUUAUAUCUCUGGUGUCACAGCCGUGCCCCUUGGUCUGUGCAUAUUCCAGUCAGAAUUGCAAUUUCUCUCCACAGGCUGAAAAUUUGUAGCCUACCCUCAGUUUGUUCUUCUCAUGUAGUAUCAUUAAAUUUGAGUCACAGAGGUGAAGAAGUCUCUGACAAACACAGAAGGUGGUUUAGUAACACGUACUGACAGUAUUUCCAGAAUGUCUUCUGACCAUCUGGAUGAAAAAAAUGAACAAUAGAAUCAAUAGAAAUGAAUGUGAACCAAGAUGAAAACACUUUAUUAUCUCUCAUAUUUGUUCAUAUUGAUGUUACUUUUUAUUUUUUAUAUUUCCAUACAAAAGAGUAUGUUAGUAUUUCUCAUUUGCUAUAUAUGAAAAGAGCAAGUAAAUAUUUUAAAUCUGGCUACCGGGAUGGGAGAUGGCCACAACAGACUAAACAGUGCUGCAUCGUGUUAAAACUGUCUGGGUUUGUCAAAGGGUUUAAUAUUUAUCCAUCAAGAUGUCCAGUGCAUAGUUCUGUGACUUGAACAUGAUGAAAAAAAAAUAAAGAAAGACAAAUUAAGGCUCUAUACAGAUGGGUGGCAAGGGAAAGAAAUCAUUUUAGUGAAGUGUCUCCAGAGCUGCUCCAGUGGUCCUCUGCUGUGUUUCAUACUGAUUAGGCCAUUCAGUGACCUAGAUUUGUAACCAUUAGCCAGUUCAGUGAUAAAAAAUUAACCAGCAAUUCUCCUGGAGCAAAAAUCACCUAUAUUUUCUGGUUCUACCCUUUGCUUUUCUUUAUCAUACAGCAAUCAGCCAUAACAUUAUGGCCACUGAAGUGAAUAACACCCUCAUUACAAUGGUGUCUGUCAGUGUGUGGGGAAGAUUAGGCAACAACUGAACAUGCAGUCCUCAAAGCUGAUGUGUUAGAAACAGGAAAAAUGUGUCAAAGGGCCAAACUGCGAUGGCUGAUGACUGGGACAGGGCAUCUCCCAAACUGUAAGUCUUGUUGGGUGUUCUUAGUCUGCAGUGGUUAGUACCUACCAAAUAUGAUUUAAAGAAAGGACAAACAAUGAAUCAUUGACAGGGUCAUGGACACCAAAGGCUCACUGACGAUGAGGUUGACCUACUGUAGAUUAAAAUUUUAAA